AUCCUGUCGUCAGCUGGAACACUAAUUACGUCUUUUAGGCCAGACCUAUGAGUUCAUAUAUUAGUUACACAAAUUGAAUCUUUAUGCAGGCUGAUGCUGCCCUGUACGACAAGUACAAGUGCGUGUGGCUUAGUAAUCCGUUCAUAUCAGGAUUAGUGGCCUCGCAUGUUGAAAUUCAGGGUCGAGCAGCCUCUUCCUCCUUGCAAUUCGAGAGAUUUGUGAGAUCAGUUGGACUGAAGCCCAGGAGAUCGAGGCAGUAUUGCUGUGACCCCACGCCCGAGAUUACCGCAAGAUAAACGAAAUUGUUCAUGACAAUCGGCAUUGAUGCUUGUUGCCAGAUGAAAUCAUGGCCAGGAAUGUGGGGUGAGCCAAUUAGGACGACACAGACUGAAGUUGCUGCUCUGAGACUCAUCAACCAUGGAGCUGCGAAACUUCUUUGCCUCGAUUGGAAUCGCAGUCUCUGGACUUGCUCUGAUCCAUCUUGCUCGGGAAAUAUUUGUCUACGUGCGACCGUCAUCUCUGCCGCGCUAUCUGAAGAAGGACGAGAAGGGCACAUCAUGGGCAUUCAUCAGUGGCGCGAGCGAUGGCAUCGGCCUUGGAUUUGCCCAUGAACUUUGCAGGCGCGGGUUUAAUGUCUUUAUACAUGGACGCAAUUACGAGAAAUUGCGCCGACUACAGGACGAUCUAUGCGCGCUCUAUCCAGAACGACAAACCAAAAUUGUCAUCUACGACGCGUCGGAGCUCGCCGAGGACGUUGAUGAGAGAAUUAUGGACGAGGUUGGGGAUGCGCGUUUGACCCUGCUGGUAAACAAUGUUGGCGGCAUGGCCAUGAUGAAGCCUUCGCCAUACGUCAAGCUGCACGACUUCUCCUACAACGAAAUGAAGACAGUGCUCGAUGUCAAUGCCAACUUUACCGCGCAGCUGACUCGCAUAUUGCUCCCACGGCUCAUGCAAUCACAACCGAGUCUGGUCAUCAACAUCUCCUCGAUUGCCAAACUCGGGUUUCCAUGGCUGGUCCCGUACUCGGCAACGAAGGCCUUUGUGUCUGCCUUGGGCGAAGGACUCAGUGCAGAGAUGCGUGCCGACAAGCAAGAUGUCGAAAUCCUCGGUGUCAUUGUAGGCAGUGUCUCAACGGCCGGACACAAUGUCAGUGAGGGCCUCUUUGUGCCGAGUGCCGGAGCUCUAGCCAGCGCAACGUUGGAUCGGGUCGGCUGCAAUAGACUUUCUGUAUGGGGUUAUUGGUCACAUCGCCUGCGUGGGUUUCCAUUGGAAUUGAUUUCGCAAAAAACGUUUCAGGCUGCGGCCACCAAAGAAAUCCGCAGGCUGCGGCAGGAUAUUCUUGACAAAGCAGCAGACAAGGACAAAGACAAAUAAUCUUAAAACCGAUCUACUCACAUCAAUAUUUUUGUUCAAAAUACAAUGUAAUUCCCUAUAAUACUUGUUUGCCGUAAAAACCUGCAUUUCAAUUGAGCUCAAAA